UUAUGCACGCCUAUGCAAACACGCAUGCCCGUUACUCCCGCCCUGCUGCCACAAGGAUGACCCACUCCAUUCAUCAGAAGCUCCUCAAGUCCUUGUACACCCCGGAUGACAUGAAGCAGUUCCUAAGCGCACGGAAUGGGACUCUUUUGGCUACCAUCAGCGAACAUGUGUCAGUGGAAGUUGGUCAGCUUUUUCAGCCCUUGUGUCAGCCUUCUAGGCCACCUCCUGGAUUUGUGACCCCAGAUAAUCCACCUGCAGUGCGGCCACCUCCUGGAAUUCCCACUCCAGUUGUCUCACCUGCAGUGCGAUCACCUCCUGGGCUUUCUCAGCGUGGUGCAACACCUGCAGUGAAGCCGACCCCUGGGUUCGCUGUACCUGGUGCAACACCUGCAGUGAAGCCGACCCUUGGGUUCGCUGUACCUGGUGCAACACCUGCAGUGAAGCCGACCCCUGGGUUCGCUGUACCUGGUGCAACACCUGCAGUGAAGCCGACCCUUGGGUUCGCUGUACCUGGUGCAACACCUGCAGUGAAGCCGACCCCUGGGUUCGCUGUACCUGGUGCAACACCUGCAGUGAAGCCGACCCUUGGGUUCGCUGUACCUGGUGCAACACCUGCAGUGAAGCCGACCCUUGGGUUCGCUGUACCUGGUGCAACACCUGCAGUGCAACCACCUCCUUGGCUUUCUGACCUGCAGUUCGAACAGCUCCUGGGUUUUCUGUCACAGAUGCUUCAUCUUCAGUGUGACCACCUUCUCUUCUUUCCCAGCUGUUACGUCAGCAGGGCUUUCAGUUUGAUCCCACGUCUGCAGUAAGGCCACCUCUUGGAAUUUCCACCCCAAACGCCUCACCCGCAGUGCAACCACCUCCUGGGUUUCCUAUCCCAGGUAAUCCACCUGCAGUGCGGACACCUCCUGGGUUUCCCAUCCCAGAUGGUUCACAGUCUGUGAGACCACCUCCUCGUCUCUCUGCAGGAGACGUUCCGCUGACGUUGGGUCCACGUGCUGAGGUUUACCUCUCUGACGUCUCAGCUGGUCUGCAGCCCCCUUCACGUCCUCUUACUGAUCUCGUGCACUCUUAAGUACGCUCACAAGUUCCAGGAAGGGAAGUGGUAGAUGAGGCUGAAGCCUUUGACAGAGUCAAUCACAUUUGUGUCCACAACAAAUCACAGACAAUCACAUCUAAUGAUCCAAAGGAUGUGCAGAUAGAAGCACAUCCACUAUCUGGGAGAGUCAAGAUCAGAAGAAGGGGAGUGAAAGGUUUUCUGCAAAAAAAAAAGAAGGCAUUGACAUGCUGUGCAACCACCAGUGAUGCAGAUGCACAGGAGAUUGAGCUCUCCAGAAAUCACUAAAACAUAUUCAUAAUAUCAUAAUUGAAUAUUCAUCAGAUAUGAUUAUUAUCAAGUUCAAGUUCAAUUUAUUUCUUUGUCCCAAAUGGGCAAUUUGAUUGCAGACAUAGAUCACAUACCACACAACAAUAGACACAACACACUACAAUACAGACAGAUAUGCACGUAUCAUCAUUAAAGAUGAAAUUUCAAUCAAAAGUGUCCAUGUCUAGGCUGUCACAUGCAAUGUCUCCUGUAGGCUGUAUAUUCCAGGUGUGCUCAUAUCACUGUCAUUGUGUGCAGCAGUCAAGACAGUAGACAGGUAAGAUGAUCACAUUAUUAAGUUGUUAAGUUAAGAAAAUGAAUACUUCCGUGUGUUCCGAAUACAGCUCUUAUAUUCCUUGCGUACCUUGGGAACAAACUCUCUCCAGCAUCUCUCUAGCAUUCAGUAGGCAUACCCUCCUGUAUUCCUGGGCACUUAAGCCAUGAGCUCUGAGGAAAAGAGUCAAAGUUCUGGCCUGGAAAGACAUAAGACACACUAACAAAUGACUUCAGCAAAAGAGGCUGGUACUGUAGCUCUUGGUUGUAAUGCGUAGAUUUUAUCCUCGUAGCGGGUGCUCUUGGAAAAUGGGAUCAGUUCAUGAGAAGGAAAGCAAUCCAGGCACUCCAGGAAAGGUGACUGAGGAAGGUAUAUUUAAAAAGCCUUUAUUUGUUACUGGCUAAUCCAUAGCAUAAAACUCCAACAGGUUUCGACCACACUUGGUCUUCAUCAGGGCAUGUACAAGUGAAUGAGGACUUAGGCCUCACCCAUAUAGGGUCAAGAGGUCAUAUGACCAGAAAAGACGUAGACCCUGUACAACAGGUGACCCUUUGCACAUCACAGCAGAAAGGAAAAAAAGAAAUGUAAAAUAAAAAAAAUGUAUGUUAAAAAUACAGUGACAUUUACAUCAGUAGGCCUACAGCACUAUAAAAAACAAGUGAAAUCGAUGUCUUCAUUUAGACCAGGAUAUUCUAUAGCAUUCAGGCGAUGUAUCCAGAACGACUCUCCUUGGUUCAACCUCUGUAACCUAUUGUCCCCCCCCCCGCCCCCCUCGCCAUUCUGACAUGCUCAAUGCCCUAGUUAACAAGGAGUAACACACUAACAAAUGUUGUACAACAACAACAGUGUUCUCAUAAGCUUCAAAGUGUAUUAUAUGAAUCAACCAGUGUAUAUAACCUCAUGAUUGGCCUUAGCAUGUAUCAAUAUACACAGUAUAUGCUUGACAUUUGGUUGUAUCAAAAUAGAGAAGGUCAUCCGAUGAAGGGAACAAUCAAGCAGAUGUACAUAUCAGAACCAUUGUAUAGCUCACAACGGAAAGUAACACAUUUUGUAGGUGAAUCUUGCUUAGCUAAAGAGUUCCCAUCCGGACAGCACCUGUUGAGUAGUACACAGUGUACUCCCCCACAUCCAUCUCACAAUGACACACAGAUCUAAUCAAAUACAAUGACAACGAGUUCUUUAACAGAGUUUGUGCAUCUGCAGCAUGAGAUCAUCAAUAUCUGAUAGAAUGUCAUCGUCAGUGAGAGACCGAAACAGAGUGUGUGUGUGUGUGUGCUUUUGAGAGAAAGAUAGCGAGGCUGUGUGUGUGUGUGUGUGUGCACUCUUUUGACUGAGAGAGAGACAUAGAGAGUGGGGAAAGGAGACUUCAAACUCAGAAACAGCGAAUUUCCCACUUCAAUGGGUUUAAGAGACGGUUCCUAAGUGCCUCUUUGUCUUGUGCUUUUCAACUUGCUGUGUGUAGCACUCCUCUGUACACUCAAUGCAAUGCUCAGCCAGUGCAACAGUUAUAAUGCCUUCAUGUAUUCAUCAUCACAACUAUUUGUGGCUACUGUAUAUCAUGAAACAUAAUUUCACCUGCUUAAUUUUACUGGUAGCUCUACUCUGCAGUUUUGCUUCAUUGUGAGAAAUACAACACGGCACGACGGUUGACUGGAAAAGUUCAGCAAAGGAAAGCACAGCCUAUACCUCCCCUUUGUGUGUGCGUAUUUCCUGUGUGAAGAGGUAUCAUCAGGCUGAACCUCCAAAGCCCUACAGAACAGAUGAUGGAGCGUGUGCGGCGAUACCAUCACAUCCUGCUGUUGGUCUGUUUCUGCGUCUGUUUUCUCACAGGUUUGAGUGCAGACAAAGUUGAAUGGAGACGGGUCGGGGAGCACAUUGAAAUUGAGUGUUCCACUCAUCUGCAAAAUCAAGGUGGAAUGUACCUUUAUCAAACCUAUCACACAACCCGGGAGGUGUUCUAUCUCACUCCUGGGAUGAAGUGCAGUCCCAGGUUACCAUUCGGUAACAGGAUAAAGGUUACAGGCUUUUUUUCAAACCUGCAUGCCACAGUUAGCAACCUGACCGUUAAUGACACUGGAGUUUUCUGGUGCCAGUACUUGAGAUUUGAUCGAUCAAAAUCAUAUCCAUCUGAAAGCAACAACAACCCAACAUUGCUGGUGGUAGAUGGGGUGGAGAAGGAGUGUCCCACUGAUGGACCAGUGACUAAGCUCUUUGAAGAGCCCAUCCAAAUGUCCACCUUGCUGGUCGUGUCGGCCAUCACUGCCUGCUCCCUGUUUCUGCUCGUCCUCAUCAUCCUGCUCAUCUGUGUGAAGAGGUGCUGUUCAGAGAAUGGAAACUACAAGCCUCGUCCACAGUCUGGUGUUGGACUCCCAGCUCAUCGCUCUGACUCUGUGUAUGAGCAGAUGAGACCUCAGAGGGCCACGUCUAUGUCUCAAGCCUCUGCCCAGGUGCUGCUCAACCCUGCCUACAUGCGCUCCCCAAACUACGCCUAGUCUGUCACCUACACCCAGGAAACAGCACCACUGGUAUACCACCUGCUUUGAUUUGACAAGUUUUAGCUUUCUUUGGUUUCAGAAGUCUUUUAGCUUUUAUCAAUGUAUAAAUGAUACAAAUAAUAUAAACCUUCUAUAGUUUUAUAAAACAACAACAACUUUAGACUGAAUGUCCACCUUGUGUUAUGUCAAGAUUUGUCUUUGUCGUAUGAUUGUAAAUAUGAAUGUGUAAGGUUAUAUGCCAAUCUGUCAAGCAGCACAUCACCUGUACUGUACACAACUGGGGAUUUAACUGACUUGUUGUGGUCUGAAUGCUGAAUGCUGAAUAUUGCACGUAUAUAAUGAUAAAUGUAUCUGAUAUUGAAUGUUUUUUGAUCAAAUAAAUGUAAAUAUUGA